AUGAAGUCAUUCCUCAAGGCUGCUGUCAGCACUUUCCUGCUCGUUGGCACCGUUGCCGGCGCUGCUAUCGAGGACCCAGUUGAGCUCUUCAACCGCCAGGCAGCUGGUGUUGUUAUCCGCCAAUGCAACAGACCCGGUGUCCUUGCUCUCGCCUACGAUGACGGCCCUGGACAGUACACCAGUCAGCUCGUCGACAUCCUCAACAACGCCGGUGCCAAGGCCACCCUCUUCCUGACCGGCACGCUCUACGGCUGCAUCUACAACCAGCAGGCCGCUAUCAAGAAGGCCUACAACUCGGGCCACCAGAUCGCGAGUCACACCUGGACUCACCCCCAGAACUUCGGCAGUCUCAGCACCGACGGGCUGAAGCAGGAGAUGCAGAAGGUGGAGCAGGCCCUCGUCAACAUCAUCGGUAAGAAGCCCGCCUAUAUGCGACCUCCAUACCUCGCCACCGGCGGCAAUGUGCUGCCCACCAUGCAGCAGCUCGGAUACAAGGUCAUCACCGACGAUGUCGACUCGGGUGACUGGAACGGUCAAUCGGCCCAGCAGAGUCUGCAGAAGUUCCAACAGGCUGGUGCUGGCGGAAACGGUCACAUUCCCCUCAUGCACGAGACCUACGCCAGCACGGUGCAGACUCUCACUCCUGCCCUGAUCAACUGGGCUAAGCAGAACAACCUCAAGCUCGUCACUGUUGCUGACUGCCUUGGUAACGCUGGUGGUGCUUACCAGUCCGGAACCUUCACUGGCAACGGACAGAACUACUGUUAA